AUGAAUGCGGACCAACUAGUAGAUGGAGGGAGAACGGAUACUCUCAACCGCAAAGUUCUAAUCCGAGCGGGGGUAGCAAGCCGGAUCGACCUGCUUUUUAUUCUCUCAAAUAAGCUCAUCCCAAAGCUGGCAUGUUACAAGUUUCCAUACCAAGAGUUGCGCGUUGAUUUCGUCAAAUCGUUACACUACUCCGAUCCGCCGACUUGUUGUAAUCCUCACCUGAGACUGGUUGCGGUCUACCGUGAUGGGUCAUUGACACGUCAGACGGCACCGGCAGCUCGAUUACUAGAAGAGUCAGAAGCGCCGUUAUUCCAAACAGUUAACAACGCCGAAGAUGAGUUCGACAAUGAAGAGGAUUAUAUG